CGACAGCCUAUUAGGUGGGAGUUGGGAGGUCAGGGGAGUACUAUAUUGGUUGCUAUGGGGCGGGACAAGAAGAGGGGAGAGAACGGUAGCUGAGUGUGGUACAGUUGAAAAACAUUACCUCUGAAUAUCGGUUUGAUUUCUAUUAAAACUAAAACAUAUUCUACUCAUUUUUUUUUUUUUCUCACUGUAAAUUACCUGCUUGUUUGUAAUUUCUCUGUAAGAGAAACUGAAACUAAGUCUUCUCAUAGAGAGUAAGCACAUUUUUUACUUAUUUGUACAGGACUGAUUAAAAUUCCAAUUGAACAAAAAACCAAACACCUAAGCCCCUACAAGAAGAUGUCUUUUGUCAGCUUUCAGAUAGCCAUUAGAGUGACCAGCAAAGCUCUAAGUUCAAGUUUUCACCAUCCAAGCUGAGGACGAGGUUCAUCACGACUAGCUACUGAUGGGAGAUCAGAUGGAUUUAUCAACUGAGGGAGGGAGGAAAGAAGGCUCAAGAGUUACAGAAGAGGUCAGCGAUGGCAGCGUGUUUUCUACUGCUGUCUCUGAGGAACAGUUGGAGGAGGCACGAGAGAAAUCACGGAGACGGCUUUUUGGGUCCAGCCGCAUCUUUGAAUUAGAAGAGGACAAGAAAGACCGUUUGGAGCGGUGCGGGAGGUCCAUCAUUGAACUCCGUGCUGCAGAGCACUAUGGGAGGGGUGUGGAGGCAGUGUCCAAGGCAGAUUGGGAGAGAGCUGUGCACUUUUUCACCAAAACCAUCAAUUUGCAACCCCAGCAGACAAGGCUGUACGUGUGCAGAGCUGAAGCCUACCUGCAACUGUGUGACUUCCAGUCUGCUGCCUUGAACUACAGGAAAGCGUCUGCCCUCGAGCCACAAUCUGAGGCCUUCCGUCUACGCCUGGCAUUUGUCUUCUACCUGCAGGGUCAGUGCCUAUUUGACCAUGGCAGGCAUCUAGAUGCACUGGAGUCCUUCGCCAAGGCUACAGAACUAAGACCUGACUACCGCCCCUACCACAUGAGGAGCUUGGCCUGUCUGGCAGCGAUUGGCCGACAUGGUGACUGUCUUCAUUUGGUGAGCAAGCGGAUAGAAACAGAAAUGGAUGACCCUGAGCUGUACAUUCUGAGUGCACGGCUGCACAAACACUUCAACCAGUUGACCAUUUGUUACCACAAUGUGAAGGCAGCGCUGGCGCUGGCCCCAGGCAUACCAGAGGGACUAUCUCUGCUGAUGGAACUGGAAGGCAAUGCAGAGCAAGCACGGAGCUUGGCACUGAGCAAGGCGGUGGCAGGGAACCUCCAGGAAGCCCUGCAAAAGAUCAACACUGCCCUAGAGAACAACCCGGAGGAGGUCCAGUACUACCUCUUCAGAGGGACCCUGUACCGGAGGCUAAAGGACUUCAAUGCUGCGAUCGAUGACUUCAUCCUGGUUCUGGAUAUGAGUGGGGGUGAGGAGGGGAGAUCCGUGCAGACUGAGGCCCGGAGGCAGCUGUUGCUAACCUAUAAUGAUUUAGCAGUGCACUGCUUCACCUCUGGCUUCUAUGAGGAGGCAGUGAUGCUGCUCAACAAGGCCAUCGGGAUGGAGAAGCACGAGAAGGGCCUCUACAUUAACAGAGGGGACUGUUUCUUCAAACAGCGAGAGCUGGAGUUUGCCCUGGCUGAUUACCAGCAAGCUGAGGAGCUGGACCCAUUGGACCGGAGUAUUAAGAUCCGCUACGCAGUGGUAUACAGCACUAUGGGGCAGAGGGACUACGAGAAAGGAAGUAAAUACAUUGAAGCCUUGGAAAACUUCUCCCGUGCUAUCCAGUACAAUCCUGGUGUGUCUCAAUAUUAUGAGUGUCGGGCCAAGGCUCGCCAGAAGCUUCACGAGGAGCACGGGGCACGGCAGGACACGAUAAUGUCACUGCUACUGGACCCCAGCAAUGACCAGGCUGUGCCCCUGCUUUCUCAGCUCUAUCCUGGGUGCACUGUCACAGAUAUUCUAUCCAGCGAGGCUGGGGAGAUGGCCAAAAUGAAGCUGGAUGUCAGCCUGCAAGCCUGUGGCCUGUAUGAAGAUCCCUCAAGUUUUAAAAGGGACCCCCACAAACCGCCAGCAAAACACGAGAAAGCAAGUGAAGAGCCUGCUGACACAGAGGACACCAAGAAUCGCAUCGCACCGUGCAUUGGAGAUACCGACCUAUAUCAUGAAAUUGUGAUGAGUAAAGUUAAGAUAAACCGAGCAGUCAAGUGUGCACUUCAGGAGCGCCGCUCCUUGCGUUACGAUGGCCCCAGGGUGUCUGCUCUGGCCCGGCCAGCUUCUGCGGAGCCCCCACAGGAUGCAGACAGGCCCUACCGCUGGAAGAAGUUUAACACUGCCGUAGGGCUGCGGUUUAGAUAACUGAAGACCCAGCACACACUUCUCUUGUGUUCAGAAUAAAACACCAAAACAUAUUUAUAAUUCAUUUAUUCAUCUACUAGCCAGGAUAUAAAAUGAGCAAGGUAUCAGGACAGGUGUUUAUAGCAUGCUACUAAUUUAGGAGGCUGUCUUAAGCUGUGGAUGCACUGGUUAACAGCCUUUUUGGUUGCGUGAUAACUUUAAAGGAACUACAUACUUUUAUAGUAGCUGAAGUUUAGAAUCUCUUAACUAGAUUAUAAUGCAUUGCUUCUAAAUCAACCUGUAAAUGGCUCCAUCUACUACACUUUGAUAAAUAAUUCAUAUCAAAUAUACAAUACUCACAGGAAGAAUGCAAAUUAAAGAUUAUAUCAACAUAUGUGUUUCACAGCAUUGUUUCCUUUUGUAAAAACAAGAGUCAGAACAUUUUAUUUAACCAUUUUAUUAUGGAUACAAGAGCAGAAUAUACAGCCAAUGUUUAUGUUGAACAAAAAAACAUUACAAGUUGAUGAGUGCACAAUAAUGUGGAUAUAGUUAUUUUUUUCUAUGUUAGGAUCACUGUAAAGGGCCAAGAUUAUGAUGUACAGCUACUGUAACCCGAGUAGCAAUCCAUUCACAAUAUUUACAUUAGAGACUGCCCAUACUCAUGGGACCUUGUCCCUUCUUGCAUAUUAAAAGAUGCUACAGCAAUGCAAACAGUUGAUAAAGGGAGGUGAACGUCUAAAGAAUCACUUCUGAUGAGGGCUGCUGGACUCUGGAGCAGAAAGGCCAGCUAGUCGCACAGUGAAAAAGCAGUUUUUAAAUCAACACAACUACUCAACAAUGCAUCACACUCAUGACCUGAAGGACCAAGUAGAGCCUGCCAAUUAAACUCAAUUGCUAAGAGAGUUUGUGAUUUUAAUACCACAAAACUUUUAACUUGAGAACAAACAAUGUAGAUUUAAACCUAGGCUAUCAGAUGAAAGUUUUGGUCAUCAAGCCACUGAACAACAUGUAAUGCCCAAAAAGAAACUAACCAUCUAGGACCAUGUACUGUUGUGCUGUAUGAUAAUCCACUAGCCUUUUACUUCUGGAAGCCUAGGUUCAAAUCUAGUUUAACACAAAAUAAAUUAAAUUGUGAUUACAAUUUCGCUUUUGGGGGACACUAAUGUAAUCCACAUUACAAAAACACUACUACAGCCACUGCAACAGCUACCGAUCUCCGUUUGGUGGAUAAAGACGACAUCAAUCUCCAGUACUGUCAGUCCUUUUCAUGAACACCUAGAAAGAUCUCAAUAUUUUUUAAAGCUAUCACUAAUUUUACGGUGUAAAAGCUUAUAGCUGAGCCUGCAGAAAGAGGACCUGAGUCAAUAUUCUUCAAAAUAAUUGGUUCUGUAUAUCCAGGGCAGGAAAGCUAAUAGAACCCAGUUCAAUCUACACUAGGCAUUGCAAAAACAGAUAAAACAGUGAAAUGAAAACUAAAAUAGGGUGGAUAGAGUAGCCUCAACACGAGCGUAGAUCUAUUCACCUUCUGAAGCUACCGUCACCAGCAACCGCUAAUCAGAACUACCUUAUAACACACACACACACACACACAAUGUUGUUCCCAAGAACCAGAAAAUAAAAAUAGUGCAACAGAUCUUUCUGUCCAGCAAAUCAGCCUGCUCUGGCCAGACCUUCCACUAACUAUUGGUCAGAGAGAGAUACAGCACCAGGCUAGGCUACCAUCAGAAAUAUCCAGUGGUAAGAGGCAGAGCAUUUAUUAACUGGACCAAAAGGCACCAGGGCAAAUUGCGUAGACAUCAACUUUACUAAAGUUGAGUCUGCUUGUGCCUCUAGGAUGUUUAGUCUCAUAGCCUCUAUAGACCAGCUCAUGUGACAAUGUUUUAUUCAAGAGCUGAUUUGGAUUUAUUGUACUGCCUUUACUUUUCAAAUAUUUAGAGCACUAGAAGUAGCACAAAAUGACAUUUUCAGUGUGUUUACAGACAAGGCAUAAUUUUAUUAACAUACAGCAUUCAAGAUAUUGCUUUUACAUGCAUAAAGGGGAACACUGUAGUAUGUGUUCUAUGUACAUUCCUUGUAUAUGUGGAGAGCUCAGUAUUCUGAAUAUGCACUGUGAUGCACUGGCCUACUCAAAGAGUUUGUGGUAGAAAUAGAUUUUGGUUUUUAUAACACAAUUCUUAAUUCUCUUGGCUUCCAAAGUGCACUCCAGCUAUGAAAUGGCUCCAUUGUUAAUGCACUAUUGCAGUAGAUUGAAUACACUGUUCUUUUUAUAAAGCUGGAAAAUUACAUUUCCCAACAGCAAUGUGACUUCCUCACAACUCAUAUACUGAAUACUAAGUUAGCAGGAUCAGAUUACUAGCAUUUUGUCUACUCCCGGCUUCCUUGCACUCUUUGUACAUGAAAAAACAAUGGCAUUUGGAAUACUCUGGUUACAUUACAUUUAUCAUGGAUGCUGAGCAUUCCCAAACAUAAAUCAUAACAUUGGAAUAUAAUGAAUGUACAGUGAUUGCAUUGUCUUACCUGUGGUUAGAAACAGGUCCCUUAAAUAUUUCUAUGUAGGGUUGUAUGCAUAAUGCAUCAGCACACUAGUUAAUGCAUGUUGCACAAUGCUCUUCAGGGUUAAUGUUUCAUGAAACUUCAGUACUAUUGCCUUUAUGUCCUCGAGCCUACAGUUCACGUCAGCUAAUGACAUAAAACAGCGUUCCCUGCCUCGAUCAAGAAACGAAAGGCACCAAAAUUUCAUUUUUACGCCACUUGCUCUUGACUGCAGUGUUUAAGUACAAUUCAGUACACAGAUUGCUCGGCCUAGAUACCGUUAUUUAAUUUUCUUGAUUGAACCCCUCAUGAUUUCUCUCCUGUCUCAAAAUCCUCAGCCCACCACAGGGCAACAAAUCAGCAGCAAUGAGCUGCCUCACAUUUUUCAUUUAAAACAAACAAUCAAACAAUGCAUUUAAAUACAGACAACAAACAAAAAGGAAACAAAAUAAAACAAAUUGACAGACAACACCAAGUGCUUCAGCUUUCCCUUUUUUGUAUACAUUUAAAACAGUUAAAAAGGUUUUAGCUCUCAGUUGUGGAGCUACCACGGGCAAUGUGCAUUCAUACUUAAACACAGACAGCACCACUGAGAACAGCAGCCUCUGCAUGACAAAGCCAACCUGAUUGUACAGAGGUGAUUUGAAACCCGAACACACAGGAAUUCAGUCUUAUCCAAUCAAUGCAAUAGUGAUGGUACACUCAUAACUGAGUAAAGGCCAUGACCAAUAGAAGAAUAAUGCAGCAGAGAGACAGAAAAUGAGAUCAUUUGUUUACCAACCAUUAGUCAAUGGUAGAUGCUUGGUCAUACAUUAGUUUAAAAAGGACCUGUCAAUAAGCAUCUACAAACAAGGGAUAUGCAGCAAAAUUAUUUUUGUCAGUCAUCCAGCGCCUCAAUAAAAUACCUAGUAUGGUUAACCAUGCCCUUUUUAAUAAAUUGUAUAUACAUGGUAUUAUUUUUUUAAAAUAUUAAAAUUGUAUCUUAAACUAAAGCAUUGCUUUUCUAGAUGUGCUCAGUGUGUUCAAGUUUCAAUGACCCCAGUCCAUUUGGUUAUGAAAGAUUUACAGAUACAAUAUAAAAACUACUACCUAUUUUAAAAGCAAUGGUGCUUCCACUCACCUUGACCCAAAUGAUUCUUCUCCCACUUAUAAACCUGCAUCAACAAGAUCAAGAUCUGUAAUCUGCCCUUGUGAAACUAGCCUGCAGAUGGCUGUCAUGCUAAGGCACACUGCUUUAGUUGGUUCACCCUUCAUGCCAGAUGAAAAUCUCUCCCUUUAUUUACUGGAUUGCACAAGAAAAGGAAGAGAGCUCGGUGUUGACAGUGGAUCCAGUCUUUGGUAGCUCUUUUGGGUUUCUCAGUACAGAGGCUUGAUUUCAUAUAUGUAUUGCACCAAAACUGAAAACAAUCACAGGUGAAGUAGGGCCGAGCUCUUUUCUACUAAUAACUCAAACGUGAACAUGAACAUGAUUUUGGUGACCAAGUAGCUAUCCCUUUAGAAUUCCCCCAUCUAACCAGCUGAAUCAACCAUUUAACCCCAACAAAGCCCACAUCAGCCAUGCAGUGAACAGGCAAUCCAUUCUCAAGCUCUUUGUACGCCUUUUGAAAUCUCAGUUGCAUGCUGUUGCAGGGCAUCAAAUCGCCUGGGCCCUCAUGGGAGGCACACGUGUUUGUUUGUUUUUUUUGGCUUGAAUGUCUUUUCUCACCCAAAUGCACAAAUUUAAAGGAGUUCUAAGCUUUUUAAAAAAUUCUUACCUUUUAUUAGAUUUAUUAACAUUAUUAAUGGUACCCCGUUUAUUAUGCUGAUAUUUGAGUUUUCCUUUCUUAUUAAUUCUUAUGGAAAUAUUUCAAGACACAACACCAUAGACAAACUGUACCUAAUAGCUUUGCUGUAGGCCCAAUGAUUUCAACUACAACACAUGAAGUGAUUAGGUAUCCGAAAGCAGCAGCACCUUUUCAUCUGUAGGGUUGAUGAAAUAUGGAUAUGAAAAACACAAGCAAAGAGCCAAAAAAGUUCUUAAACAAAUGGCAAGUUACUGUCACAGCACUGAAGAGGAUUCCAGUUCCUGCGCUCUUAACAGCAGUAAGCUUCUUUUAGUUUCCUUUGAAGCAGAUAUAGCCAUCGUCUGCGAGCGCUCUAAAUAUAAAAGGAAAUGAAUAGCUUUUGCUUUGCUUUGCUGCUGGGUUUUGGAGCACCUAGUAAUGUUGCAGUUGGGGGAUGUGAAAGCUAGUUCAAAGACCACAGACUCUCCAAGUGUGUAUAGUAUUUUAAAAGGGCUUAUGCAGAACAUGGUGUUAAUUCAAUGCCAGCUAACAUCGUGCAUCACAAACAGGUAACAGUGCAGGCAAGUAGAAUAGGGCACUUCUCUUUGUAGAGUUUUUAAGCGUUCUCUGGUGCUCGUGCUAGAGCUAGAAUUUACAGCUAUUGUCACUUCUGUCAAAGCCCCUGGUUUCAAUUCCCAGAAAUGUGUGCCGACAUUACCAGACCUAGUGCAGGUGAAUGCUAUGAAGAUGGGAAACACAUGCAGGUGUGCAGUAGGGUUUGCUAGGAUGCUAGCAGUAAUUACUACCUUCUCUGCCAAGGUCAAAUAUUAUAAAAGGAAGGUCUGAAGCAAAACGAUCCAGCACCCCUGUACUACACUGGUUAAAAAAAAAUAAACACACAUUUAUCCUGAAAGUUUUCUUGUAAUCUGCUGAGAUUCAGCUAAACUGCAAAGCCUUUGUGAAAAUGACAUUCAGAGCUAUUUUCUCUUUAAAUGUCACAAUGACAAUUCAGCAGUGAUAACAGAGCAUCACUAGGACUGUAGAAGAACUGCAAUUAAAAGCUCACUAGUUAUACUGGAACUGCAGUCUACCCUUCCUCCAGACUGUCCUACUGUAUGCCCUGUAACUGCAGUUGCACGGAGCCAUCAAUAGCCAUGUUUGCAGGCAGCUUCAAUGAGUGUCGGUGGUCACACUUGCAAGCUGUUGAAAGCAGUCAUUGUGGUCUGCGGGCUUUUAGACAAGGGAGAAAAGGUUUGAAACAGCAUUGGCCCAUGAAAAAAAUAAAUAAAUAAA